AUGGUCUUUGUAUCAGCCAAAAACAUCCGUACCACCCGCAACUCGAGGAAGCUCGACUGGAAGAAGCUUGGACCGUUCCCCAUCAAGGCAGUUAUCUCCCCAUAUGCCUAUCGAGUCGACCUACCCCGGAGCAUGAAGAUGCACCCUGUCUUCCAUGUGUCGCUAUUGGACCCCGCCGCGCAGGACCCCGAAUACGAGGUCGACGGGAUUCUGGACUCGCGGACAACAAGGAACAAUGGCCUGCAAUACUUCGUCAAGUGGACAGGAUACACCGACCCUACCUGGGAACCCGCCGCAUACCAUAACGAUACCGCCGCAGUCGACAUCUUCCAUGCACAAUACCCUGGGAAACCGGGGCCACUCGAGAUGAAGGAUAGGACUCAAGCUCGCAGGAGCUCGUGCUUGAAGGGGGGGCUACUUUCAUGGAUCGGUCGACAGAGUCGUUAG